AUGGGGCGUCUUAACGAGUACCAGGUCAUUGGGAGGCUCAACCCUUCGGAGCAGCAGCCCACUCCCAAAUUGUAUCGCAUGCGGAUUUUCGCCCCUAACACUGUGGUCGCCAAGUCCCGCUUCUGGUACUUCAUGUCUCAGCUCCGCAAGAUCAAGAAGUCCAACGGCGAGAUCGUUUCCCUGAACAUGAUCACCGAGAAGCGCCCUCUCAAGGUCAAGAACUUCGGUAUCUGGAUCCGCUACGACUCUCGUUCCGGUACCCACAACAUGUACAAGGAGUACCGUGAGAUGUCCCGCACUGAUGCCGUCGAGGCUCUCUAUCUCGAUAUGGCCGCUCGCCACAGAACUCGCUUCGGAAGCCUUCACAUCCUGAAGGUUGUUGAGAUCACCGACAACGAGACCAUCCGUCGCCCCUACAUCAAGCAGCUCAUCCAGAAGGACCUCAAGUUCCCUCUGCCCCACCGCUCCGCCAACCCCGGCAAGAAGAUCUUUGCCUACUCUCGCCCCUCCACCUUUGCUUAA